AUUUCUGCAUAUUGAUUUCAGGCAUUGCCAUCCAUGUCGUAUCACCAGUUUCCAGAGGACUACAUUUCUGUGAGAGUGAGAAGGACAUGUGACACCAUGGAUGGAUUUUGCCUUCUCUAUCUGCUCCUGAUCCUCUUGAUGAGAUCUGGCGACGUUGAAACCAAUCCAGGUCCUAACACGGCAGUAAGUACUGUCAGUGAAAAGGAGUUCCUGAAGCUGGCCCAGGCUAUCUCUCCAUCUUACUACAAUUAUGUAGGGAUAUCUCUAGGGAUCCCCCAUGCUCAGCUACAAGCAAUCCUGAGUGAGAAGUUGAUGAACUACACCAAUGCAUUUUUGCAUGUAUUCAUGAAAUGGAAUGUCAUGCAGCCUCCACAGUCAAACAAACGGCGGAUUUUGGCAGACAAACUUCGAGAGAUUGAUUUGGGUGGCAUAUCAGACAGAUUACUCAAUGAACCUCCAAUUCCAGACAGCACAGGAAGGCCAUCAAGACUGCUCGAAUCACAGACCAAACCUCCCUCAGCUGAAUCUCUGACCAAACUACUUUCUCCUGAACUUGUUGAGCGGUGUGCAAAUGAUUUCAAGUUCAAGUACAGGUCAACUCUGUGUAAGAUCAGAGCUGAUCCUCUCAAUCCUGCUUCCUCUGUGCAGUUUGAUGACAUGUAUACUAAUCUCUUCUUAUUAGAAGAACAUGGGACAGAGAAGCGAGUGCUAGAUUACAAUGAUAUCCUUGAUCUCAAAGUCAAUGGAGAGUUCCCAAAGCGGAUCAUGGUUCAGGGAGAGGCAGGGGCUGGAAAAACUACAUUCUGUGCCAAGAUUGCCUGGGACUGGAUUCAAGGGAUGUAUUUCAGUGACUUUGUGUGGGUCUUGAUUGUUCCUCUACGUGAAUUUAAGCAUCACUCUAUUGGCAAGAUUGCAAAGUCUUAUCUGGCCAAAAACAAUCCAGCAACGGUUUCUCAGAUUACUGAGUAUAUCCGUUCAAAUCCUGACAAGGUAUUCAUCGCAUUCGAUGGGCUAGAUGAAGUCAGUGGCAAAAUCAUGGAGACAAAAUCUUGCGAAUCCCAGCCUACUGAUGAAAUGCAACUUCAGACAUCACAGCCAAGUGUCACCUCCUCAGAGACAGGUGGAAGCCCAUCUGAGACUGGUGAUAUUGGACUUGUAGAUAUUCUUUGUUCAGAUCAACUUGCCUCUUGCCCAGUCUUGGUGACCACUCGCCCAUGGAGAGCAGUAGAGAUUAGAUCAAAUGGUGAUCUAAUGAAGCUCUACACAUUCAUGCAUGUUCAGGGUUUCAGGAGAGAGAAUUUGUCGGUUUACAUUCACAAAUACUUUCCAAAGAAUGAUGAUAAAGCAAAUCAGCUUAUCCAGUUCACUAAUGAUAAUGAUGUCAUAUCUGAAAACAUGGCCCACUUUCCUAUAUAUGUAGCCAUGUUGUGUCUUAUGUGGAAAGAACUUGAUGAGCAAAAGCUAAAGGAAAUGAAAUCACUGACAUCUUUUUCUCAGAUAUUCAAAGAAAUGAUUGCCUUUCUAAAAGAACAUUAUGCUCAGAAAGAAGUGAAGAAAGUAGGCAGCCCCUCACUUAUUGCCUAUUUGAAACAAAUUGAUGAGCUCCUUGGACCGAUUGGCAAACAGGCCCUCAAUGGUCUGCUAGAAAAUACAUUGGUUUUUGGUGAAGAUGAUUUUGAAAUAUGCCCAGAAUCCAUGGACACUGCCUGUAGGGCUGGGAUUUUGUCUCAGGAGGACAGAAUUACAGAUAGCAUAGACAUACAUCAGAGGAAUUCUCAUGUGCAAUCGGCAGUCUUCUUCCCUCACAAACUGUUUCAGGAUUACAUGGCGGGAGUCCAUCUUGCUUCCCUGUAUGAAUUAGAUCACAAUGAAUUCAACAGGCUGAUUGAGGAAGCAGUGCUACCAAGGAAAGAGGAGUUUAGGUAUCUCCUGUACUUCACUGUGUCACAAAACCAAAGCAUUGCAACGCAUGUAAUGAAGUCUAUGCUCCAGGGACCAUACAUGAACAGAUGGGCUCCACGGCCACAGGAACAGCUAGAUUUCAUUGUUGAUGUAGCCUUUGAGAGUCAGGACCCAGCUGUAGCAGCCUUGGUGAAAGACAGGGUUUCAUCAAAGGAGAUUGAGCUGACAGUGGACACAUUUGUGACGGCACACACUGUAGCAGGUUAUGCAUUCAUUAGACCACAUGUGGUUGAACUCCAUAUCGAGAGAGAUUGUGGACCUAUUAUGUCACUUGAUGUGGCAGAGAUAAUAUGGUCCAUGCCAUCCUUGAAGAAAGUUUCUCUACUCGGUGCAUUCCAUCAUUGUUUUUUUCAAACACUUGCAAAGAAAGGAACAGAAUCAAAGGUCCGGACUCUCAAGCUUCAUGGUGUCAAGUGUCCCACACCAGCCUCAUCACGUUACCUAGCAGAAGCACUGUGUUCUUUUCCAAAACUGACUGACCUGACACUUGGAAUGGUUCUAAAUGAGGAGUUCUACUCUACAUUCAGAGCAAAGGCAUCAUCUAUACAGGUCCAGACUCUCAAGCUUCUUAUUGACCAGUGUCCAACACCAGCCUCAUCACAUCACCUUGCAGAAGCACUGGGUUCUAUGCCAUACCUGACUGACCUGACACUUGGAAGGAUUCUCAAUGAGGAGUUCUACUCUACAUUGAAAGCAAAGGCAUCGUCCAUACAGGUAUGUUUGUCCUAAUGUAAAUGUCAUGGAGGGUCAUUGAAAGAAAGAAACAGCAGUAACGGUUAUAUGAUGCAUACAUAUAUGUUUUUUUCUUCCAAACACCAUUUUUUUAAAGGCCAUUAACUUGAUAUAUAUUGGAAUAGUCAUGAAACGUGGAAUGAAAGCACACUUCACAAAUGCUGAUUUACCUAUUAUUUGCUAUUUUAUCCAAACUACGCCUCCAUCGAGAACUCUUUAAAAACGUCACAUUCGCGCAUGCCCCACCCCCCGUACAUCGCCUUCCCAUAUGAUUCAUGUGCGCCACGCACGUCCGCC